GUUUGCACCUGCAGACACCGACCUCACUGACACAAAGGCACCGUGAAUUACGCACCUUAGCCAUGGACGCGACGGAGAAGUGCCCAACCGAGGAGGGAGCGCAACUACUGGACAUCAGCGUCAACUCGCCCCCGGAGGAGCCCGGAGGUUCAGAAGAGAAGCCGGGUGCACUGGAGAAGCCGGGUGCGCCAGAGAAGCCGCUCUACUCCUACGUGGCUCUCAUCACCAUGGCCAUAAAGGACAGUCGAGAGAGGAGGAUGACUUUGAGUGAGAUUUACGACUACAUCUCGUCCCGGUUCCCUUACUACGAAAAGAACAAGAAGGGAUGGCAGAAUAGCAUCAGGCACAACUUGUCUCUAAACGAGUGCUUUGUAAAGGUCCCGAGAGAGAGCGCUCGGGAUAAGAAAGGCCACUACUGGAUGCUGGACCCCGCGUUUGAAGACAUGUUUGAAAAAGGAAACUACAGACGGAGGCGCAGAGUGAGGAGACCCUACUUCACCCCUGGAGUCCCAUACAUGCACGGGGCCACAGUGGACUACGAUCCGCGAUACCUGCAACCUUGUAUGAGCUGCCCCUGGAGCCAAACACCACCCAGCCUGACCACCAGCGGAGCGCUCAACUCCUUCUGCCCUUCGCCUCACUGGCAUCACGCGACCUACGGGACCUUUCAGCGCCACCCCGCCGCCCUGGUGCCCCACAGCAGUUGCCCUUACGGCGGAGUGACGCAGCCCGCGAGCCCAGAGGCAGCUGGGGUCUCCGUUGCGUGCAGCUACCAGCAAUUCACUUCUUUCUCAACUUACCCAGAUGCGCCACUUUACAAGUAAAAUAGGCCUGUGAACUACAAGUUAUUAUUCAGAGACUGUUGUAAGGUAGGGCACGGUUGACUGAU